UAUAUAUGGCGGUGCUCAAAUCAGUUGUAUCCACAUAGCAUUUUGUAUACACAAUACAAUAAUAUAGAUCCUCUGUCCAAGCAUUAAACUAGCUACUACACUAACAUUAAUUAUCACUCAAUGAUUUAAAUUAUUUUAAACAUGUUUUAAUCACAUAGAGAUUCCUGGGCAUGGCCACAUGGUCGGUGAGACCAGUAAUAUAUAUACAACUCAUCCAGCUCAGUCCCCCACCCACCUCAAAAGUUUCAAGAAACCCCAAGAAGGAAGGAAGGAAGCAGAAGAAGCAGAAAACUAUGAACAGAUAUGCAAAGAUCAAAGCUGACAGCAACAGCAAAAGCAAAUCAAGAUCUUUGGAGUGGUCAGCAGAUCCCAAAUCAUUCUCAAACACUACCCAUCACAGCCAAUCCCCAGAAACCCAGGAGUUGAAUCAAGUCAAGAAGGAGAACAUAAUAAGCAGAAAUAGUGAUUUUGAUGAGCAUCAAGAACAAGAACACCAAGAUGACAGGAGUGGGUUUGGAGUGAAACUUACCAGGAGCAGCUCAGUCGCUUCGAAUGGUGCAUCUCAGCAGAGAUUCAGAUUGGAGCGGGCGGGGAGCGGGAGAGUGAAGAGGGCGUUUUCAAUGAGAAGAUCUUCGUCUGUUUCUGAGAGGUAUUGUAGGAUUCAUAACCAGUGUGCCACUCUGUCAUCUCCCACCAUUGAUGAUGCUGAUAUGGACAGCAACAAUGGAGACCAUGCAGGGGAGACAUCACCAACAUCUGCAGAGAAGAUCAGUGGCACAGUAAAAACCACAAGUGAGAAGUUUCUUAGAGUCUGUAAACGCUUUCUCAGACUUUAGUUCUUUCAAUGAAAGAAA